AUGCUCAUAAACGGAGAGAAAUUUGCCUGCGAGGCCUGUGUGCGCGGUCAUCGUGUCAGUUCUUGCCAUCAUCAAGACCGCCCUCUGGUCCAUGUCAACAAGAAAGGCCGUCCUGUGUCGCAAUGCCAGCAUUGUCGAGGCUUGCGCAAGGCUCGCUCACAACAUGUGAAAUGCGAGUGCCACGACAAGGCUCACCCAAAAGACGAAUGUCCACACGUCAAGACCGAAAACAAAGCCGAGCCGCAUACUUGUUGUUGCACGCACGGUCAGCGAUGUACUUGUUCCUUGAAAAAGGACCUCGAUUCUGUCCCCGAAGACAUUCCACCCCUGAUCCAACCCAAAGAACAUGCCAAACAACGGCCGAACAUGAAUUCGCACGAGUCCAAGACGACGAUAUUCACCAAUGGUCAUCACAAGCCUGUUCACAAAUUCAACGAUGCGCAUAAUCAGCUCGGAGCCCCUUACAAGAUCCCUUCACGAUCGCAUUCUCUUCAUGGCCACCGCGAUCUGGCUCACAGGUCCACGGACAGCCUUCCGCUUCUAAAAACCUCCAGACCGUUUCACGAGUCGCCACUACACAAUUCCAUGACCGACGCUGUGGACAUUAUGCAACGUCGAGUCAAAUCCGAACACAACUCUCCCGCGCUGGGACCGACGAACGGCAUGGUGGACCCUGCAAUACAGGAUCUCGCAAUCCCGAGUUUCGAUCCCAAGGCCUAUUCAUAUUCUCCUUUCGGCACUGAUACCCCUCCAACCCAGACCAAUGGUCUGCAAAAUGGUCAGACCCCCGGCCAGCAAGAUUUGUCGUUACCAGAACGCUUUCCCGAGAGCUGGUUCAUGACAUACGAACAGGCCCAUGAAUACGAACCUCCACCUGGGUCGAGAUAUACCGAUUUUACGGCGGUUGACUGGUCCACGUUCAAUCUGGACACAAAUCCAACUCCUUAUAACAGCAGUCAGAGCAACUCGCCCUAUCUGGCUCAACAAGCUCCCUAUCCACAGAUCGACCUGUCCAACCAGAUGAACAAUGCGGGAAUCACCUCCUCAAGCGGAGAGGUGUCAGAAGUCGACGAUCAAUCGCCGCCGUCUCAUCUGGCCGUGAAUAAUCGACCUCUGAACAACGUUGAACGGUCGAGUGGGUUAGACGGCUACAGCGAUUUCAACAGCAUCGGCGGCGACGACGUUUCUGAUCGACAUCGCUUGAGCUCCGCAUCAUCGUAUUACGGCACUCCACAAGCGAACUUGUUGGCCGCGGACAACCUAGGAACCCUCGACAUCGACGAGUACAUCAAACAGGCCGAAGCGGAAACCAAGCGAAUGCAGAUGCAACAGCAAAUGGCGCAGAUGCAGAUGAGCCCUCAAGACGUGCAGUCGUCGCGCAUGUCGAGCGUCAGUCGGGCCAUGACCCCCACUAUUUCCACUCCCGGCAGUACAGCGAAUGGCGAACACCCGUUCACGAUCCGGGAGGCUCAACGCUACGCUCAUAUGGAUGGCGGAAUGUCUAAUCAGAUCUCGGUGGGGAAUACCAACAGCAGCAGCAGUAACAACAGCAGCAACAGUAACAAUCACCACGCCGGCGGCGGCGCAGUCAUUCCUCCCGCCGUCACUAUGACUGACGAUCCUGCUUGGUCUGUUGCGCCGGAUAUGUCGAAUCCAGAGUUAUCCUUGGACGACGAACAGGAAGACGAAGACUGGGUCCGGUGA